CGACAACCCCACUGCACAGCAGAUCAUGCAGCUGUUUGGUGAGAUGCAGGACCCUCAGGAGUGCCCAGGCUUGGGCAGCAUCCCCUGCAUUCUGUUUUUCUACCGGGUUGACAAAAACCACCAGCUCGUGCCCUCGGUCUCUUGCCUCGGCACCUGGAUGGCUUGCCAUGCACAGAAGGCAGAUCAGGCAAAGCUGCUGGCUUGGUGGCCAUCAUGGCGUGUGUAUCCAGUGAGGCUGGAGUGCAGGGAAGGAGCAGAGCUUGGGCCUGAGAGGAAAUCUACCAGCAAGACCAGAUCCAUUUCAUGUGCCGCUAGCACGGCUGGGAGACAUCCAGGUGUCUGAGGUGGAUGAGACAGAGCAGACAUGGUGGGGGCUUUUGGAGGCCAGGGAGGCCCAGGUGGAUGGCACAGGCCUGCAGCUCCCGGGGCACUGAUGAUCAUUUAAGGAGCAGUGAGAGCCUAGGAUUCUGCCCCCUGCAGAGGAAGGGAGGCAUAGCCACUGUCUCCCGAUCUGGAUUCCUGCACACAGUGGGUCUGAGCCCUGGCUUCCUCCUUGCCAGCCCCACUGCAUUCAGUGCCUCUGAUCUAGGGAGAUGGACCCAGGGGUUGCUCCUGGACAGGGCAGUUGAAGGAGCUGCUUGCCUGGAAGAUGCAUUGCGGAUGGAAGGAGCAGGAGCUGACAUGAUGAGUGACACGAGUUCUGGAAGCUUGGAGGUGAGCCUCGGCAGCUGGGAGACUUCAUUUGCCACCGUGUCACCUGGGGAGAGCGGCCACAGCUGGGAGGAUGGUGACACCUGCAACCGUCACUGGAGCUUCCAGGACCCAGAAUAAAGCCAAUGACUUACGUGUUUCACCUGGA